CUGCGGAGGGAAGGCUGCCCCCCCCCCCAGUCAGAGCAGCCCCGCCUCGAAAAGGGAGAAGGUUGGGGGGAGGGGCGAACUAAGGCAGGAAGGGCGGACAAGCCGGAGAGGAAGAGCCGCGGAGGGCGGAAGGGAGCGAAUGGGAAGAGCAAGAAGCAGAGAGGCGGAGCCAAAGGGGGGACGAUCCCAGAGACCAAGGGGCGAGGGCGGCGCGCCAGUAAGGAGCGAGGGGCGGAGUCACAAAGCGGGCACCGCCAAUGCGAUGGCGUAGAAGCUGCCGCAUGCAAAUAUGAACAGCCCUGAAGAGAAAGUUUUCUUCGCAAUCGGAGAAGCCUACGGGAGCGACAGGGGAGGAGGAGAAGAGGCCCCGCCCACAGUUGCGCAAUCAGAGGAGCGACGGGAGAAACUCUGCGGUUAGGGGACGGAAGUGCCCGGAUGCAGGACGACGGAGGAACCCGGCGGGGAAACGAAGGAAGCGCCGCCCGAGAGGAGGAGGAAUAGUGAGGACCCCGCGGAGCAGCCCUGCCCGGUCCCGGCGCGGCUGCCUCGGGAGACGGCGGGGAAAGGCCUGAAGGCUCCGGGGUUGCAGAAGAGAUGAGCAAAGGGGGACCCCGGGAAAAGCAGCUGCCUGGAGAGAGAUUCUGGGAGGAGGAAACGGGCGGAGAUCCCGAGACGGUCCUGGAGGGCGGAGGGUCCUUCGGAAGACCCCGGAAUCACCAAAGGGUCCAGGAGGAAGGAAAGGAAUAUCAGCACCGGGAACGUGAGAAGUCCUUCAAGAAAAACGGCCAUCUUCAAAGGCAUCUAAGGGUCCUUUCACGAGAGAAACCAUUUAAAUGCCUGGAAUGUGGAAAGAACUUCAAUAAGAGGAUUGACUUUGAUAGACAUGAAAGAAUCCACUCAGGGGAAAAGAAUUAUAAAUGCACAGAAUGUGAACAAUCCUUCAAAAAAACCAGAGAUCUUCAAAAGCAUGUAAGCAUCCACACAGAGGAACAGAAAUAUCAGUGUUCAGAAUGUGAAAAAUCCUUCAAAAGAAAAGACCAUCUUCAAAGCCAUCUAAGAAUCCACUCAGGAGAGAAACCGAAUAAAUGCCUGGAGUGUGGAAAGAGAUUCCGUGAAAGAAGAUAUCUUUAUAAACAUCAAAGGAUCCACUGGAGAGAGAAACCGAAUAAAUGCCUGGAGGGAGAAAAGAAAUAUCAAUGCCUGGAGUGUGAAAAAUCCUUCAAAAGAAAAGAUGCUCUUACAACCCACCUAAAUGUCCACUCAGGAGAAAAGAAAUACGAAUGCACGGAAUGUGAAAAAUCCUUCAAAAGAAAUGCCAAUCUUCAAAGGCAUCUAAUGAUCCACUCAGGAGACAAACCUCACAAAUGCCUGGAGUGUGGAAAGAGCUUCAGUCAGAGGGGCAGCCUUUAUAGACAUCAAAGAGUCCAUUUACAAGAAGAGUAUGAAUGCGGGGAAUGUGAAAAAUCCUUCAAAACAAUUCAAACCCUUGAAAAACAUCAAAGAACCCACAAGCCGAAUAUAUGCCUGGUGUGUGGAAAGAGCUUCACUACAAGGGGAAGUCUAGAUAUCCAUCAAAGAAUCCACAGAGGAGAAAAACCUCAUAAAUGCCUAGUGUGUGGAAAGAGCUUUACUGUGAGUAGACAUCUCCAUCGACAUCAAAUGAUUCACACGGGAGAGAAACCACAUAAAUGUCUGCAGUGUGGAAGGAGCUUCAAUGUAAGGAGCAGUCUUAAUAUACAUCAAAGAAUUCACACAGGUGAAAAACCACAUAAAUGUCUGGAGUGUGGAAAGAGCUUCAGUCAAAGGAGCAGUCUUAAUAACCAUCAAAGAAUCCACACAGGUGAAAAACCAUAUAAAUGUCUGCAGUGUGGAAAGAGCUUUAGUGAAAAAGGCAGUCUUAAUAAACAUCAAAAAAUUCACACAGGUGAAAAACCUCAUAAAUGUCUGGAGUGUGGAAUGAGCUUCAUUGUAAAGAACAGUCUUACUAUCCAUCAAAGAACACACUCAGGAGAAAAACCCUACAAAUGCCUGGAGUGUGGAAUGAGCUUUAUUAGGUGUAGUAACCUCCAUCAACACCAAAGAAUUCACACAGGUGAAAAACCACAUAAAUGUCUGGAGUGUGGAAAGAGCUUCAGUGAAAGGAACAGUCUUAAUAAACAUCAAAGAAUUCACACAGGUGAAAAACCACAUAAAUGUCUGGAGUGUGGAAAGAGCUUCAGUGAAAGGAGCAGUCUUAAUAAACAUCAAAGAACUCACACAGGUGAAAAACCACAUAAAUGUCUGGAGUGUGGAAAGAGCUUCAGUGAAAGGAGCAGUCUUAAUAACCAUAAAAGAAUUCACACAGGUGAAAAACCACAUAAAUGUCUGGAGUGUGGAAAGAGCUUCAGUGAAAGGAGCAGUCUUAAUAACCAUAAAAGAAUUCACACAGGUGAAAAACCACAUAUAUGUCUGGAGUGUGGAAAGAGCUUUACUUUGAUUGGAAACCUCCGUCGACAUCAAACAAUCCACUCAGGAAGGAAACCAUAUAAAUGCCAGGAGUGUGGAAAGAGCUAUACUGAGCGUAGAGGCCUCUAUCGACACCAAAUAAUUCACCUGGGAGAAAAAUGAUAAGCAUGUCUCAGUGUGAAAAGAUCUUUGGUUACAGAGUGUAUAUUAGGAAUUGAAUUAUGUAUUCAAUUUGUCCAAUUCUGAAUAGACACGCUACGAAUUUGUCCCAAGUGUACAAACUCUUGGUGUCCUUACAAAGAAUCAGAAUCAUCAUAUCCAUGAUAAUUAUAAUUCCAAUAAGAGGGUUGAGUAAAGAAGACAUUAAGAAAAGUAAAUAGUUUGCCAAAUGAGGGAGUUUCCCAGGCUGAUUAAUAAAGGACUUUUUCAAUUGUACAUGCGAGAUGUUUCAACUGGCUGAAAUUGUACCUUUUCACAACAGACUUAUGUGACUCAUGAUGCCAUUUCCCAUGUGAACCUUCUCUUUUUAAUGCAAUGCUCAUUUCAAUGCUUGUGCUUAAUAUUUAUGGGAUGUUACUGUCCAUGUCUCUGAUGUAACUGUAGCUGGGCAGGAUGAUUUCUUCCAUGCGUUAAAAAAAGUCGGAUUUAAAUUUUAAAUGUUUUGUAUAUUUUUUUAUAAAAUCUAUUUUUAUCCAUUCUGAUUUGUUACAUAGAAUCAACUGUUCUUUUGUACUUUUUCUACUCUGUGGAGUAUAAAAUGAAACCAGAUUCUGUGUCCUGGAUUCCCUGUUUUCAUUAAUGGAAA